AUGUCAGGGAGAAAAGGAGGGAAAAAAGGGAAGAGAAAGCGCGUGAACGAAUUAGAACUUCGUAGGCAGUUGAGGAAACGGGGACGAGAAAUUUCUGAUUGGGACGAAGACGAAAUGAUACGACAGGAAAUGGUGGAUCUUUCAAAAUAUGCCGAUCAAAUUAGAAUUGGCGGGAUUGAAGGCGGCUCAACAAGUUCUACGCUUAUCAUUAUCGAUGCUCAAGGAACACCGUUAACGGAAGUUAAAGGGCCAUGUACCAACCACUGGUCCAUUGGUAUGGAGGAGACUGCUGCCAGGAUCAAUGCAAUGGUGGAGAAAGGAAAGCAAAAUCUGGAAAUACCCGAAUCAGUCCCUUUAAACUGCUUGGGCCUUAGUCUAACUGGAUGUGAAGAGGAAAACACGAAUCGUUUGCUGAUAGAAACCAUAAAAAAUACGUAUCCAAACAUUGCUAAAUAUUUUGUAGUAAGCUCGGAUACAUUGGGUAGUCUUAGGACCGGUUUACCAAACGGCGGCAUUGUUCUCAUCGCUGGAACAGGUAGCAAUGGGUUGCUGAUUAAUCCUGAUGGAAAAACUAUUGGAUGUGGUGGAUGGGGACAUAUGUUAGGAGAUGAAGGCAGUGCUUAUAAAAUCGCUCAUCAAGCGUGUAAAUACGUAUUUGAUGAGGUGGAUGGUUUAGCACCGGCCCCAAAACCUAUAAGUUACGUAUGGCCUGCAAUGAGAUCGUACUUCAACGCACCAGAAUUAAAAGACAUGUUACCGCACCUAUAUACGAAUUUCAAUAAAAGCGUGUUUUCAAACUUCGCCAAAGAGAUUGUGAUCGGCUGUGAAAAAGGAGAUCCUCUUUGUUUAUAUAUUUUCCGACAAAAUGGUGAACUUCUUGCGAAGCACAUUCUGGCGCUUUCGAAAAAAGCCCAUGCUGACCUUAAAUUAGAGCAUGGAGGGCUGAAAGUCAUUUGCGUAGGAUCUGUUUGGAAGUCGUGGCAUUUUAUGAAAAAUGGUUUCCUGGACACGAUUCACGAUUCGCGUACAUUGGACGAAUUGAGUUUAUACCGAUUAACGACAUCGGCAGCAAUAGGAGCUUGUUAUCUUGCCGCAGAGAAAAUCAAUUGGAUAUUUACGAAACCCUAUGAAAAAAACAUGGAAAAAUUCUUUCAUUAUAAACGAGUGAACUACGUGAAGUCAGUGGAAGCGCUACCAGAACCCGAAACAAAAUUCGUUACUUGCGGUGGCAAAGGAAAUUAAUAUGAAUUUAUAAAAAAAAAAUUACAAUAGAAAGGUAUUAGACAGUGUAUGUGAUACCAAAAUAUAAAAACUGUACAAUUGUUAUGGAUGUUAUAUUGAUUCUGUUUUAUAUAUCAUUGUUAAAUAGUUAUGAAAACGUUUUUUAUACGUCACUUUUAGAGACUACUUUCUUGUAAACGAAAUGAACUGAAAUAUUUUUAUAUACAUAAAGUAUACAGAUGUACUAAAACAAUCUUUCUGUAUAGCUGUCUUUUACAUGACCUGUUGAGCAAUUUCCUAUUCAUAUUAUAGCACUUCCCUAUCAUAAGAAAAUAUAUUGCUUCAUAGGUAAAACAUACUAAUCCCAUGCAUUGCAGUAUUUUUCCACUGAUGUGAUCUGUGUUAUAUUGCUACGCGUUAGAUUACUGCUGAAUUCUCAUUCGAUACAUUUUAUCUCUUCAAUUGUUCGUUCAAUUCAUUGAUAAUAAAAACAUACCGUUCCGAAAUA